GUUUAAGAAAAACCGGCAGCCAUGUCGGGGAAUAUAGGAAUGGAACAAUUGAUCCCAAUUGUGAAUAAAAUGCAAGAUGCAUUUACACAAUUGGGUGUUCAUAUGCAGUUGGAUUUACCACAAAUAGCAGUAGUGGGUGGUCAAUCCGCAGGAAAAAGUUCAGUGCUAGAAAAUUUCGUGGGCAAAGACUUCUUGCCCCGAGGUUCCGGUAUAGUAACUCGACGUCCACUGAUCCUACAGCUUAUACAUGCCAAUGCAGAAUAUGCGGAGUUUCUUCACUGCAAAGGCAAGAAGUUCGUGGACUUCAACGAGGUGCGCGGCGAGAUCGAGGCGGAGACGGACCGCAUCACCGGUUCCAACAAGGGCAUCUCGCCCGUGCCCAUCAACUUGCGGGUGUACUCGCCUAAUGUACUCAACUUGACCCUGAUCGACUUGCCGGGCCUGACGAAGGUGCCCAUAGGCGACCAGCCACCGGACAUCGAGCAGCAGAUCAAGGGCAUGAUAUUCCAGUUCAUCCGUCGCGAGUCCUGCCUCAUCCUCGCCGUCACUCCCGCCAACACCGACUUGGCUAACAGCGAUGCCUUAAAACUUGCCAAAGAAGUCGACCCUCAAGGUCUUCGCACAAUCGGUGUGAUCACCAAGUUGGACUUGAUGGACGAGGGCACGGACGCGCGAGAUGUGUUGGAGAAUAAGCUGCUGCCGCUGCGGCGCGGCUACAUCGGUGUCGUCAAUCGCUCGCAGAAGGACAUCGACGGCCGCAAGGACAUCACCGCCGCACUCGCUGCUGAGAGGAAGUUCUUCCUCAGCCACCCCUCGUACCGGCACAUCGCCGACCGUCUGGGCACCCCGUACCUGCAGCGCGUAUUGAACCAGCAGCUGACCAACCACAUCCGCGACACGCUGCCCGGCCUGCGCGACAAGCUGCAGAAGCAACUCCUCACGCUCGAGAAGGAUGUCGACCAGUACAAGCACUUCCGACCUGAUGAUCCCUCUAUCAAGACCAAGGCUAUGCUGCAGAUGAUCCAGCAGCUACAGACAGACUUCGAGCGCACGAUCGAGGGGUCCGGCUCGGCGCAGAUUAACACCAACGAGUUGUCCGGCGGCGCCAAAAUCAACCGGCUGUUCCACGAGCGGUUCCCCUUCGAGAUCGUCAAGAUGGAGUUCGAUGAGAAGGAACUGCGCAGGGAGAUCGCCUUCGCUAUCCGGAAUAUCCACGGUAUUAGGGUGGGUCUAUUCACCCCGGACAUGGCGUUCGAGGCGAUAGUGAAGAAGCAGAUCGCGCGGCUGAAGGAGCCGUGCCUCAAGUGCGUCGACCUUGUCGUGCAAGAGCUCUCAAACGUUGUGCGCAUGUGCACCGAGAGGAUGUCCCGGUACCCGCGGCUGCGUGAGGAGACGGAGCGCAUUAUCAUGUCGCACGUGCGGUCGCGCGAGCAGAUGUGCAAAGACCAGCUGGUGCUGCUCAUCGACUGCGAGCUCGCCUACAUGAACACCAACCAUGAGGACUUCAUCGGAUUCGCUAACGCUCAGAAUCAGUCGGAGAACUCUGCCAAGUCUGGGCACCGCGCUCUCGGCAACCAGGUCAUCAGGAAGGGAUACAUGUGCAUACACAACCUGGGCAUCAUGAAAGGUGGUUCCCGCGACUACUGGUUCGUGCUGACGUCGGAGAGCAUCUCGUGGUUCAAGGACGAGGAGGAGCGCGAGAAGAAGUACAUGCUGCCCCUGGACGGGCUCAAGCUGCGCGACCUCGAGCAGGGGUUCAUGUCACGCCGGCACAUGUUCGCGCUCUUCAAUCCGGAGGGCAGGAACGUUUACAAAGACUACAAACAGCUAGAGUUGUCGUGCGAGACGCAGGACGACGUUGACUCGUGGAAGGCGUCCUUUCUGCGUGCGGGCGUCUACCCCGAGAAGACGUCGGAGGCAGCCAACGGUGACGAGUUAUUUCCGCCUUUCCUGGGGUUGGGUGAAAAAAAGAAAAGCUCAGACGGCGGUAAUUCCGCUCCGGGCAGCAUGGACCCGCAACUGGAGCGUCAGGUGGAGACCAUUCGCAACCUGGUGGACUCUUACAUGCGCAUCGUGACCAAGACGACGCGAGACCUCGUACCCAAGUCGAUCAUGAUGAUGAUCAUCAACAACGCCAAAGAUUUCAUUAAUGGCGAGCUCCUCGCACAUCUUUAUGCAUCUGGUGAUCAGUCUCAAAUGAUGGAAGAAUCGCCAGAAGAAGCGCAAAAACGCGAAGAAAUGCUGCGCAUGUACCACGCGUGCAAGGAGGCGCUGAGGAUAAUCGGCGACGUUUCCAUGGCGACGGUGAGCACGCCGGUGCCGCCGCCCGUGAAGAACGACUGGCUGGAGAGCCGCCUCGACUCCAACCCGCGCCUGUCGCCGCCCUCGCCCGGCGGCCCGCGCCGUGCCGCGCCCGCCACGCAAGGGUCGAUGGGCCAGCGGGGCGCGCCGCCGCCGCCGGGCGCGGGCACGGGGCGGCCGGCGCCGCCGCUGCCGUCGCGGCCGGGCGGCGCCGCGCCCCCGCCGCCCGCCGGCCGCCCCGCGCCCGGCGCCGGCCUGCCCGCGCCGCUCAUACCCACGCGGCCGGGCAGCGGCGGCGCGGCGGGCGCGGCAGCGAGCGCGUACAACCAGAUGCCCCCACACAUGCGCCAGCAGGUCAACCAGGCGGUUGGCCAAGCGGUCACCAACGCCGCCAUCAACGAACUCAGCUCGGCCUUCGCCAGAUUCAAGUAAACACGCACAUUGAUCGUGUCACCGCUGUUACUAACGCGUCGGCAACUGUAACCCUCGAGUAACAUACUUUUUUCGUAAGAUCAGAACGUCAGUUUCAUUGGAAAUGUUCUGGACGUUCUUUGGAAAAAGUUUCACUGUGAACUUUAUAAAUCGAAAAAUAAUCACGUUGUUGUCUUGUUGUGUUGCGUUAUAAGUAUAUCGGCUAUUAAAGUUGGGAUGAGUAUUUAUAUCGUUGUAUCGGUAUAGUCUGGUAUAAAAUUGUUACAGUUGCCGACGAAUUCCCACUGUUUUCUAACUAAUUGUAUUCGUUUGAUACAGUGAACUUUAUAGACUAGAACCAAAUGAAUUGGUUCCUUGAUGGACAUGUUGAAAGAGUUCCUAACGCGAAGGAGCCAAACGCUAUCUCAGUAUACUUUAGUAUUAAUUUCUUAACUUAAAUCAUUAUAUUUACUGUUGGUUCUACUCUAUCGUGUAAUGAAGGAUUUGGUAUUAAAAUAAUACAUACUUAUAUGAAAAGGUCAAGUUAUGGAAUGAUCGCGCAUAGUCUGUCUAAACAUCGCUUACGUGAUUCCGUGUGAUGUGUUGUGAACGGGUUGAUGUAUGCAUUAUAACACUGGAUCUUAUGGGAUUAUUGCAUGGAUUGUAUUGUGUGGUUUUUAUAACAUGAAUAAUAUCGUUACAUCAGAUUAAAAACUCAUAUGCUGUAUUAUAGGUACUUUAAAGAUGUGACAUAAAGUUUGAAGGUAAAUGAUUGGCUACGCCGCGUAGCAGCUACGAGAAUAAAUUAUUUUGCAACUUGACAACGCCGUAGUCACAAAUAACAAUAAAAAAGUAGUUCAUGGAUUCGUAGCACUAAAACCAUCUGAUAAUCCCAAAAAGAUUAAAAGCUUUCAGUUCGUCAAAAGCGAUGUCCACGAACACUCAUCUGUAACAUAUGAAAUAAACAUUAUUCACUAAAAAACAAGUAAUUUUAGAAAGUUCUGUUUCUAAUAAACAUAUUCUUCUGUGUCUUCUAAAGAAGAAUUACUCGUUUAGUAGUGAAUAUGAAAUGCGGUGUUUGCUAUAAACUAAACUUGACUAAAUCUCUCACAAUAAUUUGAAUUUGCGUGAAUAGAUAUUUGGUGCAAACUCCAACUAAAUAACGUGUAAUGUGCCUAUACUCAAACACUGCUUGUGAUACAUAGCCAAUGUUACCGUAGUGUAAUAAAAUAACUUUAACUUAAAUAGGUAUUUUAUUUUCUUGCUCAAUUCCAAUGAAGCAAUAAUAAGUUGCUCAAAACCAAAUCAAGCAAGAGCAGAAAAUGUAUGAAGAUCACACACGUUGAGUAGGUGGAUACAGCUGCGUUACCGAUGCGAUGUUGAUCACAAAUAAUUUAGUAUACUCUUGAAACAUCACAGAUGACGUAAAAACACUUUAUAAUUGGUUAUCUAAAAUAAGAAAUUAUAUAAUCAAGUUCAGUAUUACCCGCGAAUAAUAUAAUUGUUCAGUGCUUUAUAAUGUUAAAAGAAAUUCAACCCGAAUGUAUGCGGGUUUGUACUAAAUGAACUAUUAAGGGGAUAUGUAAAAUUAUACUUUAUGUUAUGUAAUUAAUUGUAAAUGUUACAUUCAGUGGCUUAAGAUAGAUGUACAUUGAAUUUAGCAGUUCAUUUUGACGGUUGGCAUUACUGCUCCGAGACUGUAGCGUCUGAGGGCAAACGAGCAUAUCACAAUUGUUUGUUGAUUUAAAUGUGCUAGAGUAACGUUCAUAUGAUGUAAAGAGGAGUUGUUUUGUUAAUGUUUCGCACUCGACACUUUGUCGCGUAGAGCUAGAUGCGUAGGCCGUGGUUGCAACUUGUUCUCACGUCAGUGUCUAGAUGUUCCAGUAGCUUAGGAACCGAACAACGCUCCAGUCUUUCUUCCGUCUCUAGUAGGACGCAGCGUCUAUAAUGUUAACGCAUUUACUACGUACUAUAUACCCAGCUUAUUUGUUAACGUGUAUUUACAAGACUAUCUGUGUAACCUGCUUAUAGCGGAUGUAUGUAACAGACAAUUUAUGAAUUCACAAGGUAAUGACUAAAGUUUGUAUGUAAAUUAAUUGUACUUAUGAUAAUGGCUAAGACCAAAGCAGUUGUCUCUUAUAUUGUUGCUGUUAGCAAUACCUUUGGUCAAUUAUUAGAAGGUUUUAUUGAAGGUGAUGCAUACGGAUUCGUUAAUAAAUAUUACAUUUAAACUUGUACGCAUUUUUCAUGUUUGAAAUUGUCAUGAUCAUGUAUUGGCGACGCUACGAGCCAUUCAUUCAUUGCGAGCAGGUAGAAUGUUGAUGCAUUAUGUUGUCUCGGACACUUUGUAAUAGAGUAUAUGAUUGGGAGUAGAUUGACGAUGCCUGCCUAGUUCCCGGCGCGACACCCGGUACACCCGCGCGGGUGCCCGGGUGCCCGGAUGUCCGUGUACCGGGUGCCCGGGUGUCCGAGCGGGCAGCAAACAGUUCCUACACACGUUCAACGCUGUAGUUAUCCAUUACUCUCCUUAUAGCGGAGUUAUACACCACGUAAUCGACUUAUAUCAAUCAUCUAACGUUUUGCUCUCUCUUUCUCUUGUUAAUAGCGUUAGUACCAUCGAAAAAGGUAUAGGCAGUGAUUGUUGGAUUUGAUAUAGUUUAUGAAUAUUGUUAAUCUUAUGCUGUAUAAAUAGAGUAAUUAAAGGCUAUAUGUGUAA